CACGCGCGCCCUCCCACCCCGCUGUCCUCCCUCCCCAUACCGCCCGCUCCACCUCUCCCCAAAUCCGAUUGCCCCCGCAACCUAGGAGCUCCGCUCCCCCACGCCUCUCGCCCCACCCCCGAUCCCUCCACGGCCUCCUCCGGCGACGCCGCCAACCGCACCACCGACCCCCGAAUCUAGGGUUCCCCGCCGCCGGAUCACGCCCGGAGGCCUCCAACGAUGCUGCCGUGCGCGCGGUCGGUGCUGAGGAGGAGGGGGCUGGCCCUCCUGCGCGGGUUCGCCGAGGGCGAGUGCGGCAGGGGGGAGGCGCUCGCCAAUGCCAGGUGCGCGGCCACGCUGGCCGGGCUAGGCGGCGCCCGCGGCAGGGUCGGGCGCUGGGCCGAUCCGCCGGCGCGCGGCGAGCCGCGCCGGUUGGGCGCGGGCUUGCCCGCGGGCGCGCAGACGAGGAGCUUCCUCGGGUGCGGCGACGGGGAGGAGGGGAGCGUGCUCUCCAAGGUCUACGAGGAGAGGCGCGUAAUGGGGUACUCGCCUGAGCAGAUGUAUGCCGUCGUCGCGGCUGUGGACCUCUAUGAGGAUUUUGUGCCCUGGUGCCAGCGGUCCAGGGUUAUUAGGCGGUAUGACAACGGCUCGUUUGACGCCGAGCUCGAAAUUGGAUUCAAGUUCUUUGUUGAGAGCUAUGUCUCUCAUGUGGAGAUGGAGAAGCCCAAAUAUAUCAAGACGACUGCGUCUCAAAGUGGACUUUUCGAUCAUUUGAUAAACGUUUGGGAAUUCGAGCCUGGUCCUGUUCCUGGAACCUGUGACCUUUACUUCUUAGUCGAUUUUAAGUUUCAGUCACCCCUAUAUCGGCAGGUUGCUUCCAUGUUCUUCAAGGAAGUUGUUUCCAAGCUCGUGGGCUCAUUUAGCGAUCGAUGUUUUAGAAUUUAUGGACCUGCCGUUCCUGUGCUGGAAAAGUCUUACGGGCAUGGAAGAUAAACACAAAUAAUCCAAUUUUGAAGAAUCUCUUCAUGGUAACUUGUCUCGGUAAACUACAACAGAGGAUGACCAUGCAUAUAGUCCUCCAUUUGUGAUGUCACGGUACCAUUAGGCAAGUGGAUCUCGAGGGAAAUUGGCCAGAAUUUUCACUCUUUGGCUAUUUCUACGGAGAGAUUUUUUAUGUACUACUAGUUUACUAUCCAUGUGUAACAGCAAAAUGGCCACACACACAUACGAUUGUUUGCCUGGUCAAUUGGAAAGUGUAAUUCGCCCUGAACUAUGGGCACAAAGCGUAUAAGCAUGAUGUAUGCUUCUGAUAUUAUGCGAACGGCAGCCUUGGGACUUCCUCGCUCGUCUUUUGAGCCAUCUUC